AUACUGAGGAUGCCAGUGAAACCGACCUGGCAAAACAUGAGGAAGAGGACUUUGUAGAAAUGAAAGAACAGAUGUAUCAGGACAAACUGGCAUCUCUUAAGAGGCAAUUACAACAAUUGCAGGAAGGUACUCUUCAGGAAUAUCAGAAAAGAAUGAAAAAGUUGGACCAGCAGUACAAAGAAAGGAUACGAAAUGCAGAGCUGUUCCUCCAGCUGGAAACAGAUCAGGUGGAAAAAAAUUACGUCAAGGAAAAGAAGGCAGCAGCAAAGGAGUUUGAAGAUAAGAAAGUUGAGCUUAAGGAAAAUUUGAUUGCAGAGUUGGAAGAGAAAAAGAAGAUGAUUGAGAAUGAAAAGCUAACCAUGGAAUUAACAGGAGAUUCAAUGGAAGUGAAGCCUAUUAUGACAAGGAAACUGAGGCGACGACCAAAUGAUCCAGUUCCUAUCCCAGACAAGAGGAGGAAACCUGCCCCUGCUCAGCUAAAUUAUUUGUUGACUGAUGAGCAAAUAAUGGAAGAUCUGAGAACGCUGAAUAAGCUUAAAUCACCCAAGAGGCCAGCCUCUCCAUCUUCUCCUGAACACCUCCCAGCUACACCAGCAGAGUCUCCAGCGCAGCGGUUUGAAGCCCGGAUAGAAGAUGGAAAACUCUACUAUGAUAAGAGAUGGUACCACAAGAGCCAGGCUAUUUACCUGGAGUCUAAAGAGAACACUAAGAUCAGCUGUGUGAUCAGUUCUGUGGGCGCCAACGAGAUCUGGGUGAGAAAAACCAGUGACAGCACAAAGAUGAGGAUCUAUCUGGGACAGCUGCAGCGAGGUGUUUUUGUGAUUCGUCGACGAUCAGCUGCGUGACUGUAUGCUCUUCCUUGGUCUUUUUUUUUUUUUUAAACUGAUAGACAAACCUCUAACGGGGAAUGGCAGUCUGUUCGUUCAUCUUAGCAGCAGAAAACACUGUCAUGACCUCUUACAAGACAGUUUGUGGCUGGCCACAUAAUCCCCGGUAGUCCUUAAAUCUUUAGUGAUACCCAAGCACUGCCCUGGACUAUUUCUGGAUUUUGCAUCAAGCUUCUGUAUGCUUUCUUUAUAUUUUGGGUGA